UCUCUUAUCAAUCGACAACUAAUGAUACGAUAACUAAACACCGCGCUGUAGUGAACACAGACGUUAAUUAUUAUACUCUAUAAACAAAUUAAGUAUUAAAUAAUUUUUAGACUUUAGUCACGACAUUAUGACAAACUACCUAGUGAAGUUUCAAGUUUCUUUAGUACCUUAAUAAUUUAAAAUAAUACUCCUGUUUUGAAUAAUGUGAAACUCAGCUUUUGACAAGUUCAACAAGAUUUCACAGCGUUGCUGGUCAUUGAAACAAAUAAUUAUGGAGAAAUUACGUAGUAUACUAUUAUACCAAAAUUUAAUAUGCAAUGUGCGACAUUGUAGGAUGUAUAGUACUGCUUCAUCAACACAGUCCCUGUCUAAAUUGUUUAACUAUCCGGAUUCAAAAUUUAAUUUUUUUUUUAAUAAUCGAACUGGAUUAUUUGGUAUACCAGAACUUUGUUCUUUUGAAGGAUUCUACGCACUUAGAGAACGUACUAAAUUGGAAUGUGACAGUUUAAUUGAAGAAAUUUAUAACUCUGACCGUAAAAAAAACCUAGUGCCAUUGUUUGAUCAACUGUCCAAUAGCCUUUGUUGUCUUGCUGAUUUAGCUGAAUUCAUUCGUACUGCACAUCCCGAUUCAUCAUUCAUUGUAGCUGCAGAAGAUUCUUGUCUUUCAAUGAACUCCAUCGUUGAAAAGUUAAACACUAAUAAAAGACUUUAUACUAACUUGAAAGAAGUACUUACAAACGGUGAUAAAUAUCCAAUGACAAAAGAAGACAUUCACGUUGGUCAACUAUUUUUAUUCGACUUUGAGUUAAAUGGAAUUCAUUUAGAAGAGAAAAAAAGGCAAUAUGUCGUUGACUUGAAUAACUAUAUUUUAAUUACUGGCCAGAGAUUUAUGAUUGCUGCAGAAAAAUCAAGAAAUGUCGAUGUAUCCAAAAUUUCUGAUACUGUUUUAAAAGAGUAUGUUAAUCAAAAUGGACAAAUAAUUGUUAAACAUACUAAUGCUCAUUCAGAUAAUCCAUUGGUAAGAGAGGCAGCUUUUAAAAUUUUUCAUAGUCCAAAUGAAGAGUCUGAACAGUUAUUGGAUAAUCUUUUGGAAUGUCGCCAUAAGCUCGCUUUGACAUGUGGAUUUCCUUCUUACGCUCAUAGGGCUUUAAAAAAUAGCAUAGCUGAAGAUCCUACUUUUGUAAUGGAAUUUUUAAAUGUAUUAAAUACAGAAUUAAGGGCUCGUUCAGUAAUUGAUUAUAAAACUAUGAAGAAGGCUAAUAAUCAUCAGACUGUUGCACCUUGGGACGUACAAUAUAUAUCAAAUAAAAUUAAACAAGAUCAUCUCAAAUAUUCGAUGAUUGAUUAUUCGGCCUUUUUUUCCUUGGGAGACUGUAUGGAAGGUUUGAAUUUAAUUUUUAAUAGUUUAUACAACAUCAACAUGGUAUUUGAAGAUCUAGAGCCGGGUGAAGGAUGGGCGGACCGAGUACACAAAUUGGCCGUAACACAUAAUACUGAAGGUUUAUUGGGCUAUAUAUAUUGUGAUUUUUUCGAAAGACCUGGAAAAUUACAUAAUGACUCUCACUAUGUGGUUAGAGGUGGACGCCAAUUGACAAAUGAUUCUUAUCAAGUUCCAAUAGUGGUAGUCAUGUUAAAUGUCGUAUGGCGUGGUAGUCACGGUCCCGUGUUAUUACAUCCAGGUACGGUCGAAAAUUUAUUUCACGAAUUUGGUCACGCUAUUCACUCUAUGUUGGGUCGUACGAAAUAUCAACAUGUUAACGGGACAAGGUGUGCCACAGAUUUAGCGGAAUUUCCAUCAGUGUUAAUGGAAUAUUACGCUACUCAACCUCAAGUGAUAAAGCGAUACGCCAAACACUAUAGGACUAAAGAACCUAUGCCCGAUGAGAUGUUGAACAGAUUGUGUACUUCGAAAUAUUUGUUUGCCGCAUCAGAAAUGCAAUUGCAACUUUUCUAUUCUGUACUUGAUCAGCAAUAUCAUACGAACGCACCUCAACCAAAGAGUACAACAAAUAUGCUCGCCAAGCUUCAAGUAGAAUAUUAUGGUCUACCUUAUGUUGAAAACACAGCAUGGCAAUUACGUUUUUCUCAUUUUGUUGGUUAUGGAUCAAAAUAUUACUCAUAUUUAGUGUCAAAAGCUAUAGCAGCACGAACUUGGCACGAAUUUUUAAGCCAAGACCCACUCAACAAUAGUCAGGGUGAACAUCUGCGCAAUGAAUGUUUACAACAUGGUGGCGGUAAGCCGGCAAGAAGUUUAGUAGCCGAUUAUUUAAAAACUUCAGUUACACCCAAACUACUUGCAUCUUCAUUAAUAGAAGAUAUCGAUCAAGGCAUUGAGUUAUUCAAUAUGUCCAAAGACAUAUAAAUGAAAUAAAUAACAUCAGUUUCAUAUUAAUUAGACAUCAUAUGUACCAAGUUUUUUUUUUUAAUGUAAAUAAAAUUAUUGUUUGUUUUUUUU